AUGGCGCAACAGGCUGAAUUCGGGCCCAGGUCCCAGCGUCCUGGGCACUCGACCAUCUAUUCCGAGGCGCCGAAUUUUGCACAGGACGCCGCCGCUGAUACGGGCGGACUUGCUGUGGCAUACGACCCUGCACCCUGGGGUCCUACAGCAUUAGAUGAGAUCUUGCUGCCCGCAGACGACAAACUGAAAUACGUAACACCAAAGUGGAUCGAGUUUCACUCCCUUACCCAAGGCUUUUCAUCUCCCCCGGCUCCAUCUAUCUCGCCACGCACUGCUUUCCUGUUGAGGACCUACGAAACAGGGAUAGGACCUUGGAUGGACGUUUUCGAUUGCUCUUUGUCAUACCAACAGGGCCUCUUGCAACUAGUACCACAGUCACCACUAUUGCUCAACUCCACUUGUGCUCUCGCCGCCCGUCAGCUCAGCCUGAUCACCGACCCCCACACAUGGACUCCUGUAGCAGAACAUCAUUACGGAGAGAGUCUGAGCAUGUUGAGGUCAACACUCGAAACAGCCACCAUGAAUGCGGAACAUGCACUAGUUGCGACCAUCCUGCUGAGUAGCUAUGAGUUGCUAGCCUUUCCAGGCCUCAACUAUCACCGACAUUUUCGGGGCGCGAAAUCCUUCGUGGAAGCACUGGAGGCAUACAAAUCUCCGAAUCGCAUGACGCGUGCAUCAUUCUGGAUCUAUGCCCGACACGAGGUUGGACAGGCACUGAAUUUGGAACGUUCACCCAUGCAGAAUCCCACCAGGUGGCCAAAGCAGGACCUACUUCAAGCGGAGAACAUAGGCGAAGAUGUGUACUGCAAUGACGCUCUAAGGCUGUGUGCCGAAGUCAUUCACCUAAUCUUUGGCUCGGAGCCCACGAGGCGAGGCAAGAAAUGGGUCAACGACUGGUCAUGCUUGCACGAAGAAUGGGACAGCUGGAUUCGCAACGCCCCCAAAAUCUUCUUUGGGCAAGAAUAUAUCGACCAAGACUCUCGCCGCCGGUACUGGUUCCCGAGAUCUUCUUUCGCAUCGGCCUUGUGCUUCUAUCAUGUAUCCCAGGUUUUUCUGCUCACAAACCGUCCCAAGACGGUCCAGAAAGUGGCGGAGCAGACUUCGGGCUUGAAUCUCGAGCAGCAGAUAGAGCAACAUGCUCAGACGGUCAUCGAUAUCGCCCUGUCAGACAUGCCUGACGGCGUGCAGGUCGUUAUGUUCCAGCCAGUCUUUCAUGCUGCAAAGCAUGUCCAUGAUGUCACUAGAAGGGCCGAAGCCAUCACACUCCUGGCGGAUAUUCAGAGAAGGACUGGUUUUCAUACGGAGGUCAAAGUUGGCAUACUGAAAGCCUUGCCAGGGCUUCCGUAGCAUAGUAACUUAUCCCCAGCAUGAUCCGGUGGCUGUUGCAGAUUUUGCAUGGCAACGAUGUCGCAGUUGGCAAGGCUCAA